AUGAACAUCUCCACGGGAACCGUCGCCUCAUCUGAGGCUUGUCCUUCUGCAAAUCUCACAUCUCAAGAGUUGUUAUCCUGGAAUCUCAAAACUUGUUUUCUAUGUGUCCAUCUACUGCUCGGACUUCCAGCGCACUCCUAUGUUUUGUGUCUUAUUGUCACAGGAAGAGGAAUUGCAUUAGAGCUCUACAACUUCAAUCUGACAGUUUGUGAGAUGAUUUACUGUCUGCAUUGUUUGGUUUACCUGCUGUUACUAAAGUUUCCAUGUCUUACUAUAUUACAACGGGUUUUACAAGCACUAGUAAUGACUAUCCGUCCCCUGUUUCAGUGUCUGAUGUGUGUGGAGCGUUACCUGGCGGUGGUUCAUCCUGUAACCUUUCUGAAGUACAAACCUUUCAGAUAUCGAGUGAUCUGUUCCGCCGCUGUCUGGAUCAUUAGUCUUGCAUCUUGUUUGGGAAGAAUGGUCACAUUCAUAUUAUUAGAACCGAAUGUAUAUGUAUGGGCUUUCUCAAUUCUCUUUCUUCUCCUUCUCCCAAUUCAGUUGUACUGUUGUGUGGCUGUUCUCAGAGCUCUGAAGCAGUCAGGACCAGGAGAGAGAGGGAGAAAGAGAGAGGAGGAAAACCACAUGAAGAAAAGAGCGUUUUACAUCAUUUUAAUAGCCAAUAUAAACAUGGUAAUAAUGUUUGUACCUUAUAUUAUCACGGGAUUCCUCACUGUUCUGGCGCAACAGGAUAUUCCUAUUUGCUGGUUUAUUAGUCUUUCUUGUUUUAUUUUGAGCUCUUUUGUGCAACCUGUUCUUUAUCUGCACAGGAUCACAGUUCUGUCUUUGACGGCACACAGGGAAGAGAUGAACAUCUCAAGUGAGAUCUCCUCCACUCAUAUAUCGAAUUCUUCUCAUUACCCCUAUUCAAAUGGCACCGCGGGGAAACCUUUUGACAUGUUCAGAGUGGUAGAUAUCGUCUGUGUGGUCUUUGGUCUUCCUGCCAACUUCUAUGUGAUAUGGCUUAUUGCCAUAAGAACCGCGAACGGCCUCGUGUCAGAAAUCUACAGACUACCCAUCACUGGUCGUCCUCUGUUUCAGUGUCUGAUCUGUGUCGAGCGUUACCUGGCGGUGGUUUAUCCUGUAACCUUUCUGAAGUUUAAACCUUUCAGAUAUAAAGUGAUGUGCACCGUUGGUGUCUGGGUGGCAACGUUUGCCUCCAGUGGGGUUAUGUUGUAUUGUUGUUUGGCUGUUCUCAGAGCUCUGAAGCAGUCGGGUCCUGGAGAGAGAGCGAAAGAGUAA